AUGUGCGCUGGGGAAGAGGGGGGGUGCCGCGCUGCCGGCGCAGCGGCCGGCCGCGCGGCAGCUGCCGCUGCGGCGUCCACUGCGGCGUGCCUGCUGCUGCUGCUGCUGCUGCUGCUGCUGCUACGUUACUCCAAGACCAAUGUGAUAGAGCUCACCGCCACCUGCAAGGACUGCCCCCAGCCCAAGGCCGCCGCCCUCGCCUCUAUCCUCGCGUCGGCCGCCGACCAGCUAACCUUGGACUCCAACCCGAACGCGGGCAAGAACGACGAGUUCGGCCUGCCACUCGCCGCCGCGCCGCUGCCGGACGGGCAGAGCCCGCUGAGGGUGUCGGUCAAACUGCUCGUCAACGGCGCGCAGGUCAAGGGCGCGGCGGUCAAGGCGGGCGGGUCCAAGCAGGACGGGAAGGCGGCGGCCGCGCUCGUGAGCGCCGCGUUCACCGGCAAUAAAUACUUCGUGAAGGCGUUUGUGAGGGAGGGCUUCUUCACGAGCUGCGACGCCCCCACAGGCCCCUACGCUUUCUUCGCGGCUACCGUCCUGCAGCCGGCCUGCACCAAGACGAUGCACCCUUCCGCGCCGCCCGGCGCGGCGCGGUGCGCUCUGCUCGCCGCCGACGCGUUUGACCGGGGAUUCACGCUCAGGAAGCGGCUCGGGGUGUACCCCGCCACCGCCGCCGCCGAUGUCAGUGCGGGCGCGGGCAAAUAG